CGCUCGGCAUGGCCGGCAUCGGCAUCGACCACUCCAAGCUGCCCGGCGUCAAGGAAGUGUGUCGAGACUUCGCUGUUCUGGAAGAUCAUACCUUGGCCCAUAGCCUACAGGAGCAAGAGAUCGAGCAUCACUUGGCAACAAACAUUCAGCGAAAUCGCCUAGUGCAACAUGACUUGCAGGUGGCCAAGCAACUGCAAGAGGAGGAGGAUCUGAAAGCACGUGCUCAAAUCCAGAAACGCCAAAAAGACCUGGAGCGCCAGGACUGCGAGAUAGCUCAGGAGAUCCAGGUGAAGCUGGUAUUUGAAGCAGAGCAGCGACGCAGACAAGAAGAAAAAGAUGAGGACAUUGCUCGUCUCCUGCAGCAAAAGGAGUUGCAGGAAGAAAAAAAGCGCAAGAAGCACUACCCCGAAUCCCAGGGACACCCAGGCUAUGAAGACAGUUAUUAUUCAGAGAAUGGAGGAACUAAGCCAAGGGGAUCAAAGCAAGCUAUUUAUGACAAACCUCGAAGGGAACAGGAAUUAUCUGAUGCAGAGAUUGCUCGAAAACUGCAAGAGGAAGAGCUGCUGGCCAACCAGAUGGAUGAGAAGGCAGCUCAAGUAGCCCAAGAUGAGGAAAUAGCCCGUCUGUUGAUGGCUGAGGAGAAGAAAGCUUUCAAGAAAGGGAAGGAACGAGAAAAGUCUUCUCUUGAAAAGAGGAGGCAUGAUCAAGACUGGAAGUACGAUGGAAGUGAGUCGGCGCGCUCAAAGUCAAAAGAAGGACUUGAACCUCAGCGGCACAAAGGCGACAGGUCUUCACGGUCACAGCCUCUCCUUGAUGACUUUGAAUACCCUCGUUAUUACACAAGCCAGCCUAGCCCCUCACGCCAGUUCCCCAAACACGAGCAGUCUCCUAAAGGUUCCCGUAGGAAGCAGUAAACUGCUGGCCUUGCUUUGGUACUGACUCUUCUGUAGCAAACUUUACUGGAAUUGCCAGGCAACUUUCUCAACUCCUUACCCAACGGGAGGUCCACCCUCCACCCUCAGGAUCUCCUCUUUAGCUGUCAUCGUAUUAAUAAGGAACAUUUGUUCAUUUCAGUUUUAGUCAUAUGUCACCACUUCAGCAGUGCAGUACAAUCUAGCCGCUAUGGAGCUGUGUGAAUCAACUAGCUGAUUUAAGAGAUUUUUUUUAUUAUUUUUUUUUUUAAACUUUGAUUGGAGCUUGAACAAAUAGAGAUGCAUGUACAGGAAAAUUCCAGAUACGAGUUGGGUUAUGGCAAUGCAGCAGAAUGUUUGGAAUACAAGUCCUUACCCUAUUAGGAUCACUUAAUGCAGAGUUAUAAGAGGGAACGUGUUUUUUCUAUUUGCUGAGCCAAUCCAAUAGAGACACAUAUUAGUUUGCAGGGAGGAGAGAGCGUCUUUACAACAUACACCAGAAAAGGCUAGAACUUGAAGCUGAUAAGGAGGAAUUUGCUUGUAGCACAAAUUUUCUUAACUGCUGUCGUUCUUUCUAGGGUUUCCAGCAAGCACUCCUAAAUUCUCCAUGGGUAGAAUUCUCCAUAGGUGCAGCCAGACAUUCAGCUCAAAGUUUUUGGAUAGGAAAGCUAAGAGCACUCUUAACUUCUAAGGGGCUCCAGUGAGUUGCCAAAGCUCAAUCCAAUUGUGGAUUAGAAAGAAUUUUGGAUUAGAAAGAAUCACACACACUGACUUUAAUGCUUAAAAAGACCUCUGUGGUCAUCCGCUUUGGGCUUCAGUAAAAUGCAAAUAAUUCAUUCACGCCAAGCAGGGACUUCUGUUACUCCUUGCUCAGUUGCUCAUGCACUGAGCCUGAACCUGAAUAUGUCUUGGAAACACAGGCCUGAAGGAGAAUGCAUGGGCACUAGACAUUGAAUCCAAAACCCACAGUAACAGGCAACUUGGAGACACUGAAUCUAAACCAGUCAAGAAAAUAUCUGUGCUAUCUGCCAUCCUUCCACAUUGCUCCAUAGAGCAUCCCCAUCAGAUUCCACCCUGGAUUAAGUGAUUGCUCUCUGGGGCAUGGUUGUACCUGACAGCUUAAGUUAUCUGUACAAAUUUGCCCACACUGACAUUUUUUUCCCUACACUCAUUGAAAAUCAUUCUGCUCUUAAACAGAUAAUUUUGCCCUUGGCUUUCUCUCAUUCUGUAUCUUUUUAUUAAGUCUUUGAGCAUUUUAACCUGCGAACCUGAGCAGAGGAUUAAUGGCUUGGAGUCUGUUAGCCAGUUCCAGCUAGUUACUGGCUUUAGGAGCCUGGUUGGCAGCAGCAGAGCCUGCUUGUGGUGCCCUGCACCCCAGCUUCCUUAUGGCCUGGCACCAAGUCCGUCCCGCUGUGCUUUUCAUUCCUUGAUAGCUGGUGCAAUCCUGCUCCGGAUUUUGGGGGCAGAGUCACAACUGUGCUCGUCCCCUCCCCAACCUGCUUCUCUGCCUGGGAAGGAGGAGGCUGCCAACAUGUAGAGCUUCAUAGAGGGGAAACGUUGGCCUGGAACAUUGGUAGGAAAUUGAAGAGAGAAGAGAUUGAGGUGCUCGUCUCUUGCACCAAUUCACAAGUCAAGGCCCAAGGCAGCUACGUGGCUUUGGCUGUUCAUGAGAAAAUUACUGUGAAACAAAUUGCUGGAAGACAAAAGGUAACUUGUUUUUCACAUAAAUUGCAAGGCCAUAUCUAAGAGCAUUGCAAGAACCUCUGCUUUGCCUUAACCCUGGUGAAAACCUUCCACCUCCUGCCCUUCCUGGGAUGUUGCUGCCGGUUCCCAAUCUACAAAAUACCAACUAAUCCCCUGACAGAGCUUUGUUCUAGGCAUGCACUAGCCAGAAAACAUAGCAACACAGGACCUUGUGCAUCAGCAGCAUCCCAUUAAUUGCGUGUUCUUGCUUGCAGACCAUGAGCCUGCCCACCUUCAUCCACCCCCUAAGUGACUUGCAAGCUGUCGCUUGCUUGCUGCUUCUUCUCAGGAAAUAUCCCAGCCCGCGGCUAGGUUUUACUGUCCUUGCAUUGUGCCCUCUUCUCUCUCCAUCUCUGUCCAUUCAGAAGUGUUAAUGUUAUUUCAAAGGAACCGGGGGGGGAAAAAAAAAUCCAACGUAGACCGUAUAUUUUUUAUUUGAUAACUUGGGCCAAUGUGGCAGACUCGUUUGCAAUGAUUUCAUUUUAUAAAUGUUUAUUUUUAUAUUUCAUGUAACAGUCAAUUUUUACUGCUGAAAAUGCUGGGAGUUUUUUGGUGAGUUUCUUCCUCCCUUGCAUUCCACCAGGCUGUAUUUAUUGUUGUGAAAUGGGUCUCCAGUGGGGAUUUAUGUACUGAUACUUCUACAAAUAACCUAGUCCAGGCCCUGCUGCUUGUCAUUUGGUGCACUUGUGAAAACUGGAUGGGAAAAAUCUUGCCAAAUCAGACUGUGGUUUUGUGGGCAAAAUAGUGAUUCUAUGUGCAAGGCAAGGAGAAGUCAGCAACUAGGAAUUCAGCCCUCCCUGGAUUUCUGUAGCUGACUGUGGAUUUUCUUGCACUGCAGUUGGCUGCUGCAACUUCUGUCUUAUCUUAAUCAGGGAAGUCAUUAAGUCCCUGAGCCUGCUGACAUCUGAAGAACCUGCUAAUUCAGGGAAGAUACUCGGGAGUGUGGGAGUUGUUGGCUUCAGUAGGAGCGGAUAGGCACUAGAUGGUGAGAGUGUUCUGGCUGACCUGCUUGCAACUUGGGAAAGUCCAAAGGGCAUCCCAAAGCCUAGACUGUGAUGUUGCAGGGUCUCCUUAUGAGCCUCUUCUGGAUUGCCGAGAUAUCUGUCCCUGGCACUGAGAAGAGGGAGGCCAAGGGAAGGAUCCCAGGAGCAUCUGGUGUUUCUGCAGAUGCCUUCAGAGAGAGCUGUGCUUUAGGGGCUGUUCAACUCUUAUGUUCCACUCCCCUUAUUCUUAAUUUUAUUCUUACUCCUUGCCUCAGUUACAAGGGUUAGCAAAUAACAAUCUUUUUCCCCAUUUUGUUUUUUAUAGCCUUUCUGAAGAAGGAGGCCCUGAGGUUAUGUUGGAAAGGACCUGCCUACACCUAGAGAGAUCAACUUAAAAUCAGUAACUGAGGAAAGCCUAUAGUAAAUAACUGUAUGGAUAAUGAACUAUUCCUCUAACAGGCCCUGUGGGCCUCAUACAGUCAGCAGGCUAGAGACUUCCUAAGCCAAACAUUGCAACUGAGCUUGCACAUUUAGCAGCUAUGUUGGGAUCCUCCCGCAGCCCCAGUGAAGUCAGCAAGUGUGAGUUAAGGUUGUGGAUCAACAAGGACCCAGUUCGCCUUGGGGCUCAGUGGCCCCAGUUUUGCUGAAGUCAGGGAGAUGCAGCAGCGCAGGCCAGAUGCAAAAUCAGCACCUCGCAUGUGCGUCCCUGGAAAGGGGCGCAUUAAAGUCAUUGUUUUAAAAAGAUCCAACGAGAGCAAUAUUUCCUUUCCAAAACAUUUUAAUACCUUACACUUUUUGCUGUCUUUUGCCAAGUCUUUGUAGCUUUGCCUAUGGUUUUGUUCUAGAUUUAAAGUAUACCUAGGCUAUUUUGACUCUAUAUGCAUUUCUCACUGUGCGUGUUAAUAAGACAACCAUAGUCACGUGAGAAGCUUGUCACCAUGAAACCUUGUCCCUUCCUUACCUCCAUAGCAGGCACAUCCCACCAGCAAGAGCUCCUCCAGCUUCUCACCUCUGUCCGAAGCACAAGGACCUGCAGAGGAGAGGGCAGCGAGCCGAGAGAUCGUGCCUUACGUGCGGGGACGCUCCGUGUCUCCAGUUUAGUCUGAUCUGAGUCACCUUGCUAUGAAACACUGUCUUAAUUGUGGACUGUGCAGCUUCCUGCAGCGAGGAGCGGUAGUCAUCGUGGGGAUGGAUCCAGCAGGGUCAUCUCAUGGGUUUUGGGGGAACUUUAUGGUUUUGAAUUUAGUAGGGGGAAAGGAGAAUGCGAGUUGUUAGGGGGUGAGAUUAAGUCUUUCCGUUGGAUUUCUCCCAUGGGGAGGAGAGAGAAAAGUUACAAAUUGCUGCAGUCUGCUUCACUCUGUAAAAGGGAUCUUAUAUGUACAGUAUUUUUAUAUCUCUGCAUUUCCACCUGCCAAUCUUGGAAUCAGAAUUAAGAACAUCUCUCAGUUAGGAAUUUUUUCUUUUUUUUUUCUUCUUUGUAAGUUUUCAUUUUGUGCCAAAUUGCAGCCACUGUUACAUUUUCUCAGUUUGUCAUAAACUCAGUUCAUUGCUAGUGAUCAAUGUGUAUAUUAUAUAUAUUUUUUAUUAUCCAGGUUUUUAUUUUAAUUCCUGUUAACCUGUAUGCAAGCUAACUGUGGAUUGCUAAUUUAUGUACGAAGCGGGGCUCGGAGGCGAGGGGAGCAGCCCCUGCUCGGUGCCGCGGCGCAGCCGGGCUGCAGAGCACCCGCCGCUGGCACCGGACGUUCCCCGGGGCUCUGCGGGGCGAAGCCGUGCCCGCUGCCGGCCUCGUGGCACUCGCUGGUGCUGCAGGGUGCCCUGCAGGCAGCAGAGCACAGCCCCUGGGCACGCACUGAUGGGCAACGGGGUUGGCACCUUGGCCGCCCUGCUUGCGGCAGGGGCACCGGGGGAGCAGCCGCAGCAGCAGUUGUUGUAGUUUGGGGUGACUUUGGGGUGACUUUAGGGUGACUUUGAGGUUUACUCUGCCCAAUCUCCUCUCCCAGGAGCCAGGUGAGGCUCUUGGGAUGCUGCUUGUCUAGUUUGGCAGCAGCUUUGGGAGCUGUGUGGGGGAUAGCGCCAAGGCACAGCAGUGCCCCUCACACCCAACGCACCACCACGCAGGUUCUCACUGCUGCGUGCAGGUGCCACACGGGCUGCUGUGCCCACGGCAGGCCACAGCUGCAGAUUUUUGUCAGGAGAUCACCCUGCCCUCGGCCUUGGGGUUGGACAUUUCCUCAGCUGCCUUUUCCCCUUGGGUAGCACAAGGCUUAGGCCGUGCAGCUUGGACUCGUCCCAGGAGAGGACACUGGCGCACACGCAACUGAGUGUUUUCUACUUCACGGUAAACAAGUUUCACUGUAUCAGUGUUCGCUCUAAGUAGACUCCACAGUGUGUCUCCAGCUGCCUCUGUGCACUGCAAUAUAGUUAACUUCCUCAGAGAAAUACCUGCAGUUGUCGAAUUUAGCUCUUUAGGGUAGACUUUCAGCCUGUGGAAUCUAAAUGUUAGCCAUAGGAUGUGACGGAUUAGCCAAAUGGUUUAAAUUCCUCAGAGCUGCAAGUUUACUCUGUGUUGCAACAGCUAAUCCUUAAUUGCAAAUUACGCACUGACAAUAGUCCAUCUAUGCAAGCCUUCUUGUUCUUAUUUUGAGCGUUCACUAUAAUUUUACCAUUUGGCAUAGAGCUUCUGAAUGACAUUUAACCAAAGUAUCAUGUCUGUGUGUGUGAAUAGCAUGUUUUGCUUCAUACCCCCGAAUUCAUUGAAUGUAAAGAGAACAUUGCCUUGCCCCAUCUUGUCAAUAAACCCUUGUCUUUUGUAAUCCACCACAUCUGUCUGGCCCUGCGUGUGCUUUUCUGGGAGCAGUGAACCGGGUCCUUUUCCACCCAUGGUGACUCAGAAGGUCUUCCUGCUGCAUGCUCCACUUCGGUUUGGUUACACAAGGGCAAGGGAAAAUGGUGCUUUGUUCCAGCCUUGCUUCCUGGAGUUUAGCUUCUUCUAUCAAUAAUUAUGUUCUUCCAAUCUAAUAGAUGUAGCUUAAUGACAAUUUGUAUUUGACUAUUUCAUGGUUAGAGCAAUGGAAGGAGUUGUAUAUUGUUGUGGAAGGAAUUUGGACUGUUACA